AUGGAGCAAACCUGUGAUGAUAUAGAUGAAAUGUUCAGCAAUUUACUUGGGGAGAUGGACAUGCUGACUCAGAGUUUAGGAGUGGAGACUGUACAACCUCCAUCCCCCAAAGUGUCCAACAAUGAAUUUAGCUUUACAGUUGGUUUUAAAGAUUUAAAUGAAUCCCUAAAUGCCCUAGAGGACAAAGACCUGGAUGCUUUAAUGGCUGAUCUUGUAGCAGACAUAAAUGAUGUUGAACAGAGAACUUUACAAGCCCAGAAAACUUCUGGCAGCCAGCAGAAUACACUCACUCAGCCUUCAACAGGUUUGGAUAGUGACAUUUAUUCUAAAUUAGGUCCCAUUACUGCACAGUUUGGGGAUGACUUGCCCCCUCCACCUCCAGACCCUGACUUAGACCUUCCACCACCACCACCACCACCUCCUACUGAGCCACUCACCCAGGAAGAACAAGAGGCACAGGCUAAAGCUGACAAGAUUAAACUUGCAUUGGAGAAACUGAAGGAAGCCAAAGUUAAAAAGCUUGUUGUCAAGGUGCACAUGUACGAUAACAGCUCAAAGUCACUAAUGGUGGAUGAGCGUCAGGUGACACGGGAUGUUUUAGACAACCUCUUUGAGAAAACUCAUUGCGACUGCAAUGUCGAUUGGUGUCUGUAUGAAGUGUAUCCAGAACUGCAAAUUGAAAGGUUUUUUGAAGACCAUGAGAACGUUGUUGAAGUGUUAUCAGACUGGACCCGAGACACUGUGAAUAAGAUUAUGUUUUUGGAAAAAAGUGAAAAAUAUGCCUUAUUUAAAAAUCCCCAGAACUUCUACCUUGCAAGCAAAGGGAGGAAUGAAAGCAAAGAAAUGAAUGAUAAAAGCAAAGAGGCUUUACUGGAGGAAAGCUUCUGUGGGACAUCUGUCGUUGUGCCAGAGCUUGAAGGGGCCCUUUAUUUAAAAGAGGAUGGAAAAAAGUCAUGGAAGAGGCGUUACUUUCUUCUACGAGCUUCUGGAAUUUAUUAUGUUCCCAAAGGAAAAACCAAGACCUCACGGGACCUGGCAUGCUUCAUUCAAUUUGAGAAUAUGAAUGUUUAUUAUGGUUCUCAACACAAAGUGAAAUAUAAGGCACCUACAGAUCACUGCUUUGUCUUAAAGCACCCCCAGAUUCAAAAGGAAUCACAAUAUAUCAAGUACUUAUGCUGUGAUGAUCAAGCAACCCUGCAUCAGUGGGUAACAGGAAUAAGAAUUGCCAAGUAUGGCAAGCUGCUAUAUGAUAAUUACAAAUGUGCAGUGAAGAAGGCUGGCUUGUCCUCUCGGUGGGUGAAUCAAGGAACAGUGGAACCAGCUGCCCCUGCAGGAUCCUUACCAGCAGGUGCUGUUCAGUCAAAUGGACAGCUUCCCCAAAUUGUUUGUCAUUCCAGUGCAGAAUUUCCAGAGACUCAGAAGAAAGCAGAUACAUCAGAGGUACAGGCUAAGUCAAAUAACAUCAGUGCACCUGGCCUGGCACAGCCAGUGAUGAGGCCACAGAAAUUCUCAAGUAAGAGGAACUCACUGCAGCCUCCUCCUCCACCAGAAAGGCGGUCAUCUGCUAUUUCUGCUUCACCAAUUCUACCCUCCAAAGUCAAACGAGACAGCGGCAUUUUCCUAACAGAUCCAGACACCUUUCCAGCACCACCACCUGCAUUGAAGGUUGAUUUUCCACCACCACCAUCUGAUUUCUGUGAACCUCCUCCUGAUUUUGUGCCUCCACCACCAGCCUCCAGCAGCAGCAAUGGAGACGUGCCAUUACCCCCUCCACCUCCACCUGCCUCCACUAAGCCACCACCUCUGACAAAGAAACCUGUGCCACUUCCAUCAAAAAAGCUGGAAAACACUGGACAAGCUGGAGAGCCACGGUCAGCUGGGCCACUUCCAACUGGGGGUGGAGGCAGGCAGGCAGAUUUCAUGUCUGACCUAAUGAAAGCUCUUGAGAAGAAAAGGGGCAGCAACUCCUGAACUCUGGAAGCAGAUGAACUUCAAGCCAUAGCUGUUUGUGAGUCAGCAUGGUGAAGUUGUGCUGGAUCAGGCUCGUCCAGGAGGAGUUCUCCUUCAGAGUUCCUCCUGGGAGGGUCUCAGGAAGUAAGAUGGGGUGCCCUCUCUCCACCUCUUUGUCCCUGUAACUUGCCUCUUCUGCCCCUACCCCUCCAUUAUUAGCUACCAUUCUGCCAUCAGGCUGAGGUAAGAAUUGGCUCUAGUCUUGCUUCACUCCAUCAGGACAGCCAGGGGUGGUGGAGCAGCACUCACAGAGCCAGCCAGUGAGGGAACGCUGUGCCUGCCUCUCUAGUAGAGUUGGAGCUGAACAAAAAUAGCAACAGUGUUGUGUGAAUUUUGAGAAGUGCAAAGAUCCCUUUUCACAGAAUGCCCCUUAAAGGUUUUUUAUGAGAAAACCCCCAACUUUGGGAGUUUUGGUGUUUUGUUUUUUCAAUGAAAAAAGAUGCCAAUGUUUUCCAAAAAUAGUCUGUCUUUAAAAGCAAAACCUCAGCUAGAUCAUUCUGAGAUGCAAGGCAGGACCAGGGCCAUUUCCAGAGAUGGUCACCCCAAAUGCUAUACACUCCUGCUUCCAUAUGCAACUCCAGUCAUAACUUGUCAGCACUCACAGCUGCUGCUUUAAAUCAGAUUUAAUUUGGUUAAUCUUAGACAAAGAAGAAUUUAGUUCAGAAUCUUGUGUUUCUCGUGGUAAGCAGGAUUUUGGUUUUCCUGUUGGUUAACAUUUGUCUUCAAACUGUACCUAGAAAUAGCCUGUCUUCUCAAAGACUUUGUAAUUAACUUGUACCUGAUCUGAAUGUCUCCUCCUACUUUUUUUGUCCUUUGUUCUCCCAUUUUAAUUCUCCGUUGUUCGUUUAGGCAGCAGUCAUUAUUAGUUCUCAAAUAAAAAUAGCUUUUAUUUUA